AUGGCUUUAGCGUCAUGUAAACUCGAUGAACUAUUAUGUUUAUUACCUCAAGAAGUUCACCAAAAAACUGUAGAAAUUUUUAAUGCUAUUCCUGGUUCAUUACUUAAAUUUAUUGAUCCAAAACUAAUUACAAAAAAAGUAGAACGUAGUGAAUAUCAGUUAAUGAACGAAAAAUUAAUAGAAAUUGAUUACAGUGAAUAUUGGAAUAAUGUAAUUCAAUAUUCAAAUUAUGUAGAUAUUCAAAAAUAUUCUAUUAAACCUAUAGAUGAAACAAAAAAAGGAAGUCAAGCAACAUUUGAUAAUUGUUUAUUUGAUAUGGGACAUAAAACUAAAAUCGACUAUGAUAAAGAUUGGAAUAAUCUACGUAUACAUUUAGGUGAUUCUAUACGAAAAAUGUUUGAUGAUCGACAAAUAAUUGAAGUUAAUCCUCUUACCUUAGCUGAUGAGAUAGCAACAAAAUGUCUUGAACAAUGUCCAGAAUGGGCUAAACAACGUAAGAAUUCAUCGACAAUUAUUCAAUUUCAUAAAACAUUUAUAUUUAGAGGUGUAAGCCGUGCGGCUGAGCCGCCGUCGCCGCCGACAGACUCAAAAAAUUUUAAGCCGCCGCCGCCGUGACAGUAGCAAUUUUGGAAAUUUUUAAGCCGUCGCCGCUGAGACACUUUAAUUGCAGCCGCCGCGUCGCCGAUGGUAUUCAAAAUUUUAAAAUUUUCGAGCCGCCGCCGCCGCUGGCAACUAGCAUAAAUAAACGUUUUAUUUAUAUUUUCUUUAAUUCGGUACUUUGACAUCUUAGAAUCCCAAUAAAUCUCUUCUUCAUUAUCUUCCUCGUCUUCAACUUGACUUUCGUGCUGGUUCUUUGACCAGUCAGGUGCUUGGGGUUCUAAAUUGUAA